AUGACUGAACUUAACGCUGAUCGUAAUUUUGUUGGAGUUGAUCAUGUUAAAAAUGUUAUUUUAGUUCUUUCGGGAAAAGGAGGUGUUGGAAAGUCAACAAUUGCUACAGCACUUGCUCGCUCUUUUGCACUUGUUGGUAAGAAAACAGGUAUUUUAGAUAUCGAUUUAUGUGGACCAUCUGUUCCAAAAAUGAUGGGACUUGAUAAUCAAGGAGUUUAUCAAGGAGAACAUGGAGGAAUUCUUCCUGCAAAGUCUCAAAUUGGAGAUACUUUUAUUGAUACACUUUCUGUUGGAUUUAUGUUAAGUUCACCUGAUGCUCCAGUUAUUUGGAGAGGUCCAAAGAAAGGAGCUGCUAUUGAACAAUUUUUAAAUGAUGUUGAAUGGGGAGACAAAGAUGUUUUAGUUGUUGACACUCCACCAGGAACAUCUGAUGAACAUAUCACUAUUAUGGAUUUCUUUAGAAAAAGAAAUCAAGAAACUAAAGCUGUUAUUGUUACAACACCACAACUUGUUGCUACAAACGAUGUUGAAAAAGAGAUUGAUUUUUGUCAUGAAUGUCAAAUUCCUAUCAUUGGAUUAGUUGAAAAUAUGAGUGGAUAUUUAUGUCCUCAUUGUUCUACUGUUACUAAUAUAUUUUCCAGCAAUGGUGGUAAAGAAUUAGCUGAUAAAUACCAACUUAAAUUUGUUGGUGCUAUUCCUAUUGAACCAAAAAUUUGUUUAGCGGGUGAGACUGGAGUAAAUCCAUUUGCUGAUGAACCAUCAGCAAAUGCAUUAAAACCAAUUACUGAUUUUGUAGCCAAUCUUGCUAAAACUUUUGCUUAA